AUGGAAGCUGAAGAUAAGAUUAAAGAGCAAUACCAAGAAUCAAACUUCAGAGAAACACAGAACCUUGACCAGAGUGUUGAAAAUCCAAGAUCUCCUUUUAUCUUAAUACCGAAAGGGUCUCAAUCUUCAUCCCGAUACCAGACCAUAGAUCCAAAUCAAACAAUUCCUUCUAUAGCCUUUUCAAAUCAAUGGAAAAGUAUAAAAUUCGACAAUAUUAUCAAGCUAUCAAUCCAGAUAAAGUUUCUAGCUUUAUUAGAUAUGUUUGGAUAUCUAAUUAUCUAUCCAUUCAUUCAUCUAUGAAUGAUAUCGUUUAUCUUUUAUGCAAUUUUUGGGAUUGCUUCUUACAUAUAUAUGAACAGAAAAUUGCUCGUUUGCUAUAUUGUAUUUAUUAUUAUUGUACUGUUUUCCAAGGCGUUUUUUAUAGACAAGGUUAAUUGAAUUAUGAAAGCUUUAUUGAUAGCCCAUGGGUUUAUUGAAGGAGUUAUAUUGAGCUACUCAGUUGAGUUUUGCAGAGGGCUUGCAACCUUGAGUCCUCAAGAGCUUCUUGAAGUUAUGAAUUUGAGGGAGAUGAGAAAAAGAAUAGAGAUGUCUCAGAAAAAGAUCUGCAGAUGGAUUUACUUUUAA